GCGUGCUGGGAGGAAAGCAUGGAAGAGCAGGAGGAGAAGCCCUCAGGGCCCCUGAAGGCCUAUAUGCAGAUAAUUCUUUCUGGGAGGAAUUUGGCAUGCUGUAUCAAAAGCCCUUAGAAUACGGAUUGCCCUUUGGCCAACAACUCAUGGCUUUGCUUGAGAAUGAGCACUUGGAAAGAAUGUUUGAGAAUAUGCAAUGCAAGAGGAAAGUUCGAUGAGUUAUGGACUCUCUCCUUUCUCAAAAAAUUAUCAUCAAGGUCGAGAGAGAAGAUUCUGGGUUACUGACCAUCCCAUCCCAGGAAGGAGUGAACUUCAAAAUUGUGACUGUGGACUUCACUCAGGAAGAAGGUAUUUUGAACCCUGCUCAGAGGACCUUGGACAGAGAUGUGAUCCUUGAGAACCACCGGGACUUGGUCUAUUGGGACUCUGCAACUGCACUUGGAGGAAGAGAAACAACAUCAAAGCAGAGAAUUGUUGAUGAUGAACCAUCCCAUGGAGUGAAGUUAGAAAGGUUGACAAGAGACGAUUCUUGGUUAUCUUCAGGAGAAGUUUGGGUUUGUAAGAACCAGUUGGAGAAGCAUCAGGAAAAACAAGAAAGACUUUUGAAGAAAAUGGCAUUCACUCAAAAGAAUGAUCUUACUCAUGAAAGAGUUUGCAAAAGUGAUGAACAUGAGGAGAAGAGUGGUCUGAAUUCUAGUGUUCUUUCACCCCAGAUGAUACCCAUAAGAAAUAAAUUUCAUAAACAUGCUUCACAUGUUAAAAAAUUACAUCAUUCUGUGGUGAACAGUCAUCAGAUGAUUAAUGACCAUGAGAAACUAUGUGAAAAUAAUGAAUAUGGGGGUAAAAAACAGAAUAAUCACCUUAUUCAGUUUACAAGAACGCAAACAGAAGAUAAAUCCUAUGGAUUUAGCAACAAUAUUCAGCCUUUUAGCCAUGAUACACCACUAAAUGUACAUAAACUUGCAAGGGGAAAACCCUUUGAUGUUAAGGAAUGUGGGCAAGUUUUGAACCAUAGCAUAUCCCAUAAUAAACAACAGAAAAUUCCUGUUGAAGAGAGUCGAUAUAAAUGUAGUAAAAUCUCCAAGAAUUCAUCCCUUGCUCCAAACAUGAGAAAUCAUUCUGAAGAGAAACCCUUUGAAUGUAACCAAUGUGGGAAAUCCUUCAGCUGGAGCUCUCAUCUUGUUGCACAUCAGAGAACUCAUACAGGGGAGAAACCUUAUGAAUGUAACGAAUGUGGGAAAUCCUUCAGCCGGAGCUCUCACCUCGUUUCCCAUCAGAGAACUCAUACUGGAGAGAAACCUUAUAGAUGUAAUCAGUGUGGAAAAUCCUUUAGCCAGAGCUAUGUCCUUGUUGUGCAUCAGAGAACUCAUACUGGAGAGAAGCCUUACGAAUGUAAUCAGUGUGGGAAGUCGUUCAGGCAGAGUUACAAGCUUAUUGCACAUCAAAGAACUCACACUGGAGAGAAGCCCUAUGAGUGUAAUCAAUGUGGGAAAUCAUUUAUCCAGAGCUAUAAACUUAUUGCACAUCAAAGAAUUCAUACUGGAGAAAAACCCUAUGAAUGCAACCAAUGUGGAAAGUCCUUUAGCCAGAGUUAUAAACUUGUUGCCCAUCAGAGAACUCACACAGGAGAAAAACCCUUUGAAUGUAAUCAGUGUGGAAAAUCCUUUAGCUGGAGUUCUCAGCUUGUUGCACAUCAAAGGACUCAUACUGGAGAGAAACCCUAUGAAUGCAACGAGUGUGGAAAAUCUUUCAACCGCAGUUCUCAUCUUGUAAUGCAUCAGAGGACUCACACAGGAGAAAAGCCCUAUGAAUGUAAUCAGUGUGGGAAGUCCUUCAGUCAGAGUUAUGUUCUUGUUGUACAUCAGAGAACUCAUACUGGAGAAAAGCCCUAUGAAUGCAAUCAGUGUGGGAAAUCCUUUAGGCAGAGUUCAUGCCUUACUCAACAUCAGAGAACUCAUACUGGGGAGAAACCCUAUGAAUGUAAUCAAUGUGGAAAAACAUUCAGCUUGAGUGCUCGACUUAUUGUACAUCAAAGGACACAUACUGGAGAGAAACCUUUUACAUGUAAUCAAUGUGGUAAAGCUUUCAUUAACAGCUCUAAACUUAUUAGGCAUCAGGCAACUCAUACUGAAGAGAAACCCUAUGAAUGUAAUUAGUUUGGAAAUUUUUUAGCCAGAAUAUAUCUCUUCCUCUGUCCCUCCUUCCCUCUCUUCCAAGGAAGCACAUAUAUUGGGAAUAACAAGUAUGAAAACAAUGUAGGUAGGAAGGCUUUCAGUUAGCCCUUUGUUAUUGUGUAUCUGUAAAUGUGUCCUGGAGAAGAAAGGGAAGGACUAUGGAUCACACAUUUUAUUUAACAGCUCCAUAUGCAAAUCAAACAGUCUUUAUGACACAUCCCAAACAAAAGUAAUAAACAUUGGCACUUUUCCUUGCAGAAAGCACUCAGAGAGAAUUACCAUGAAAUGGACAAUAUGCUGUAGAGUCAUUGCCAGUGAGGUAUACCUCCUUUCCAGUAAACAGUGAAUAAGAAUGCUAAUACCAGUGGUGGUAUGGAGAAGGUUAAAAAAUUGCUGUAGUUAAUUAAAAAAUAGGCUGGAAAACAGUAUUUUAGUUUUUA